AUGUUAGGCAGCCCAGCCGGGCCGGGGAGCGCUACUCAGAGGGGACUCUGGCCCCUGGCCCAGGCUCACGCGCCGCCAGGACAAACGACAUUUGCAGCUGACAGUUUAGGAAAAUAUGGCGUAUACUCGCUGUUUCCGGGUGGGCCAAGCUUCGGCAGCGCCCUGUAUUCUCACGCUAGCAUCGGACGUUUUAGCGGACAAUUUCAGCAGUCUGCAGGAAACACCUUUCAUGCGGCGCAAAAAUUUUCAGACUCACUAUUCUCUGCUGCGGCGGCAGCGGCGGCUGCAGGGUACACCGCAUUCGGUGCCCCUACGCCUCCCCCCGGCAGCCCUUAUUCCCCUGUGCCAGUGGCGCAACUCGAGCUGCUUGCCAAGGGGUGUUUCGGGGGCGCGGGGGCUACCUCUGUGCUUCAAUUGCAACCCGCAUCUCAACAAGUACCACAAGAGUACGGGGCUGCGAUCAGUCCUAAGAAGGGCAGCCGGUGCGACGAGAAAUGCUGCCAAGGAUUGAUGACCAGCAGGGCGCAGAAGCAGUGCGGAUAUCAGCUGCUGUCAUCUCCAACGAAACCUGCCAGAUACUCAUCGACGGGCGAGCCAAUUUCAACAGGAUGCUCGCGCACCAACCCGCUAGACUGGUCUCCUUCCGCUGUGAAGAAAGAACCCGCGUCCAUGACACCUGGUGGAGGAGUGGGGGCAUGUCAAGUCGCCGAAAUCACCACCAGCGCGGACGCUUUGCCUGGUGCUGGGGCCAUCAAGCUGGAGGCCACGUCACCCACGCAGAAGAUACAGGGUGAUACUGUUGGGAUGAUCACUGAAGGUGGUAUUCCCGUGGGUAUAGCAAUCGCUCGACAGCGACUCCAUCACCAGGAGGUGAUCGCUUCGCCGACGUUACCGCCUACUGGGCUUCUGACUACGGUGGGCGGUGCUGGGGGAGUGCAGUUCAAAGAAGCCGCUAGGAUCGCUGAAAUCACCGAUGCGGGCGUCUGCAACGGCGGCGCAACUGGCGUCAACGCCACUGCACAGUCUGGCAACAGCGGCACCGGCGCAAUGGCCGCGGGGGGCGCGGCGCCGGGGGCGGGUACCGCUGAAGACCGAUUGGCUGGGGCAUGGCAGGUGGGCGGAGCUAAUCACACGCCCACUUUCUGGCAGUAUCCCACUGCCGCUGCAGCCACCGCAUCCGUUCCGGUGGAGCCAAUGGUUCCUCUUCCGGUACCGAUGCCUCCUGUCGGUUUCCAGUUAGUCCGUGACCCUACCACUGGAGGCCUACUUCUAUUACCAACCACAACCGGAAUAGAAUCCCUGCAGCAAGCUGUCGUCUGGCCCAGCUACCCUCAACCAUCCGCUGGAGUAUUACUGCCCUCCCUUCCGCCCAUACCCCCACCGCCCCUCCAGCUACUUUCCUCCGCAUCCUCCGAUUAUCUGUCGAGUAGUACCACCUUGCACCAACACACCCAGACCCACAGUACCAGGCUGGUGGCCGUCACCACGGACACGAAGAGGAAGUUUCCCAUGCCGCUCCCUGCCACAACUUUGAUCAAAAUCGAGACGGACGCCACUCUUGAUCAGACCAAGACGUUGCAGGCUGUGAGCACCGUUGCAAACAACAACAGUGGGACCGUAUUCGCUGAUCAAAGCAUGACACCUCUGGUGACAACUCAUGUCAUCUACCAGCAUCCUACUAAUCUGAUCCUCUCCCAAACUCCUACGGCUGAGACAUCGUGCAGAUCUCAAGCCACUUCGCCUGUCACAUAUUUGACACCGCCUCCAGAUAACCAUGUUCAUGAGGAAGAGCACACGACUGUUCAAGAUGCUAGCAACCAGACAGACAGCCCAAUCUGCAGUGAAGAUGAUGCAACAGUACACACUCUUGCCGACGUUGACGAUGCCAAAUGUAAAUCUGCGGAAGAACCCGACGAAGAAAAACUUCCCGAAGAAGUACCCGUAGAAGAACCAUGUGAUACAACGGAACCAACAACGACCACUUUUGAAGAAAAGACAAACGAAAACGUAGAACUAGUCGUCGAAUCAAGUGUAGUGGAUCAACCGGUGACAACUGAAGAACCCAAACCGAUGAUAACAGAGGAAGACGAAGACGUCGAAGCUGCACCCAAACCUGACUUGAGCGGGCUAGAAUUGUUAUCGAAUAGCAUAGUCCAGUUCGAGUCAUGCAGAAAUUCUAUAGAUGAGGAUCCGGAUGCUAGCACGAGUGCUUCAUCACAGGAAGAUUCGUCAUCGGUACUUAAUACAUCUGAAGAAACAGUAGUACAGUCAAAACCGCAGCAGCAGGAAGACAAUUUCGGAGGGCUCGACCUCUUGUGCGCGUUGGCGGAGCAGCGAAUAAUGGAAGAAAUCGAGAAACCAAAAGACAAAGAGCGGUCGAAAGAAAGAAAAAGAGAGAAACGAAAAUCGAAGAAACAUUCCUCCGACGAACCAAAACGGAAGAAACUGAAGAGCAGCAAACACCAUAAUCGCGAAGAUAAAGAAGAACGGAAAAGACGCAAAGAAAGACAUUCUAGUGAUAAGAGUAGCGAGUCCGAGAAAGAGAAGAAAACCUGUAUGUGCCAAGAAAAUUAUCAUAAGUACCAAACGCCCGAGUCGGAAGAAGAAGUGAAGAAAUUCCUAGCGAGUAAGUCUCAAAGAAUGUGCUGUAAAGGAGAAUGGCCGUGCAUGAACGCGAUGGAGUUGGAUAUGAGGAUCAAGUUGGCAGAACUCCAGAGAGAGUACAGGGAGAAGACCAAGGAGCUGAGCAAGUUGAAGCCGAAGAGGCAUUCAUCAGACUGCAAGAAAAGGUCGAGAAAGAAGUCCACCCACUCUACGCACUCAGAGAGGAGCGAGAGAAGUGAAAGAAGCCUAACACCCCCUCCACUACUGGACAAGAUGGACAUUCCAGUGAGAGCGAACAAAGACAUAUCUGAGCUCUUAAAGCCACCCACUCUAUGUGCCAUUCCGAAAAUUGAAGACGUACCCAGGAUCAACCAAUCGGACACGGAUACUAGCCCGGAGAAGCAUUCUUCUUCCAAGAAAAGGAAAGUUGGCAGGCCUAAGAAGAUGAUGUCUUCAUCUGGAGAACCUGUGGCGACCGAGACGAUAGUAGCGAAGAAACCAAAGACUAGCUUCGUUGGUUAUCUCCUCGCUGCUAAAGAGAAGCUUAAGCUCCAGAAUAAAGCUUAUCCAGAUGCCACUCCACCGAGGUAUGUUCUUCUUGUAGGUGUUCUAACAAAGAGGGGAUUGACCUUACACAAAGAGAGGUUUGAAAAGGGAAAAUUCUAG